UUUUAACGGAGACAGACAGACAAAAUGAGUCUGUGAUAUUGUUCUUAAUUUAGUGCUGAAUUUUCAAAUAAGCCUCAUUACAUCAUUAGGGGUAACAGUGGUGCUCUAUUCGUGUUUUUCGGUCUUUUUUUCAGUAUCAGUGCUGCUGUCAGCUGAGUAACUGUUUUCAGAUGUUCUUGAACUGGAUUUCAUAACGGGGCGGGACCAAAUCACUCCAAAACAGAAAGGUGGAGAAAGCAAACCUUUAAAGGAUUCUUAAACAUUUCGUAACAAUUAGCCUUAUUAGGGGUUCAGCAAAAUGGAAGUCGAACGGCAGAUCGAAUAUGGAGAAGAUCGGAAUCCCGGAGAAGUUUUGCACAUCCGCUUUCAGAAGAAUCCCAAUCAAAAACUCAAAUACCUGGAGGCUGAACCCAAAAUACUAGGGGUAACACAGAUUGCGUUGGCUGUCUUUUUCACAUUUACGGUUGUGGUCUUCUAUAUGAAUGGCAUGGUCAUGUAUACAGACUUAGCCAUGGCCACAGGUGAUGCUGCCUCCUUGAUUAUCAUUAUUGCUGGAAGCCUGGCAAUAGCUGCACAGAAUCUUCACCUCCCAACUCUAAAGGCCUGUUUAGGAAUGCAAGUGGUGGCCUGUACAGCCUCUGUGAUCUCCAUAUUCCUGCACUUCAGUAUUUUCCCUGCCAUAUUACAGUGUUGGGUGCAAGAACCAGAGCCCUCCCAAAAGACACCAUGCAAAAAUUUAGGCAUUGGCCUUGGAAAUUACCUAGGAUUACAAAAGCUUGUGAUGGCAGUCCAGAUUGCUCUUUCUGCCACUUUAGCUGCAUACUGCUGCAAGGUCAUUCAAUGCUGCUCUCCCGUGUCUAGUGUGCCAGUAAUCACGAUCGACGGACCUCCAGAUCCUCAGUGAAGACUGUUUCAGCGGAAAUGUUCCAGGAUGAGCCAGGGGCAAUAUGUAUCCACAUAUGUCUAUGUUGUAUCUACAGCUGUUUGUUCAGCAUGUGUAUCAGAAUUGAAUGAUCGGUUUUAGAUAUAUCUAUGAAUGACUGUGAAUUUAAACUCAAUAUUUUAUAUUACACACUCAGUUUAAUAACAUGUUUCUAUUAUUCCAUCACAUUUGAUCAUAUGAUUUCCAUUAACUUUUUAUAAAAAGUAUUUUAUAUUUUAUACCUAAAACAUAUAAAAAUGUAUUAAAUUUAAUCCAUUAAAUUUUCCAACAGACAGAUAAUAAUGACUGAGUUGUUAUUGCUCUAGUGAAGCCUUCUAUAAUCUAACUUAUGGGCACAACCAGUGUACACUCUGCGCUGCAGUGUGUAAUUGCGGUCCAACCCAUGGCACUGAACAGCUGUGCAAAAAUGAUAAUGACUGAGAACUGCUAUAAUAACAUCCCACCUUUUUUGCACAUAAAUUCUGUCGAACUACUCAUUUAAACAGAGCGAUGUUGAAAAUGCUACUGAGCUGCAUUUUUUACACUUUUCAAGGAAUUCGGCUACUAUUCACUGCAGCAAUAAUCUUCCUCACUGUUUAUAGAUCUUUCAAAUGGCCAUCUGUUUCCAUCCUGAUUAAACAUGCAAAUAAUAAAAUGUGUGAGUAAUCACCAACAAGGAUAGGGGAAAAAUAAUGCCUCACAAACACUACUAAAACAAAGUACACUGAUUUAUUGUUCAAUAAAUACAUCUACACAUGAUCUCACAUACAAAAUAACUGCAUUUACAUUUAUUUAAAACAACCACAGUUGUUUAAAAACACACACUGCCCAGUCAUUACUCUUGCCGUGACUGAGCUUACACAUGAUGUUCAAACAUGCAUUACUGCUUAAUUAAAAUGUUUUAUAUCUUAUUUUAAAA